AUGGAGCAUAUAUAUUUACCAGAACCAACAGAGAAUAUAUGGAAAAAAUGUGCUGAAGAAUUUGAAAAUAGAUGGGGAUUUCCCAAUUGCAUUGGCAGCGUGGACGGUAAACAUGUAACAAUCAAGAGACCUAACGACAGUGGCUCCAAUUACUGGUGCUACUUACAUAAAUAUUCAAUAGUACUUAUGGUCAUUGUUGGCCCGGACUAUAAAUUUAUAUGUGUUGAUAUUGGUGGUUUCGGAAAAAAUAGUGAUUGGGGUAUUUUCGAAACCUCAAACAUGGGAAAACGAUUUGAACAAAUUUUAAUGAGUGUCCAUGCACCUAGAUUUCUCCCUGGGCAAAAUGAAAUCUGCUCGUACGUCUUAAUUGGUGAUGAAGCAUUUGCUUUAAAACCAUACCUUAUGAGACCAUUUCCUUAUAAGCAGACUUUAACAGACGUCAGAAAAGAGAAAUACAAUGAACACAAGAAUGAGUGGGAGAAAUUUGAUAACUCACUGCGGCAGUGAUUUCAGCUUAUUGUAUGUAAUAAUUGAAUUAAAUGCGUAUCACAUAAGAGUUUUAAUUUAACAGAAAUGUAGUAUUUGAAUUAUAUAUAUAUAUAUAUAUAAAUAUUCUGUAACUUAUGUUGCACUUGUAUCACUGAUUUGUCUCCAUGCUAUUAUACUUAAUAAAACCAC